GCAAAGUUGGCUCAAGAUUUGAUAGCGUAGUAGAGAACUGCAGGGCAAACCCACCUGCUCUAUGUACAUUAGACUGUGAGACUCUUUGACGAUAUGGCGGAAAAGGAGCCAGGUCCAGGUGUGAUGUACCGUGGGGCGAGGUACAAUCUAGGGCAGGAAGGACAAUAUGGCAGUAUGGGCGGCUAUGACAUCGAGGGCACCAGGCCUCCGAGCGACAAGAGCUUGCUGAGAGGAGCCAUGAAACCACCAGAGUAUGAUGAGGCCAGUCAGGUGAACAUGUGCGAACUGGUCCUGCUCCCAUGGUUUCUCUUGGCGUUGGUCAUGCUGUGUUAUUUGAUCGCAGGAGCCAAUGGACAAAUCGCAGUGCUGUGGAUCAUGCCGUCCGUCCUUUUGCUCAUCAUCACGUAUUACAUUGGAACUAAGUACAGCUUGGGCGACAGCGACGAGGUGGUUCUGGGCUUCCUGCUGAUGAUGGCCGUGAUCAUCGGCACCGGUGUGGGCCUGUUUGGCAACUUCACAAGCCUCCAGGAACUUCAUCGGAUCAAUCAGGGUGCCAGCUACUUCAACGUGCUUCCUUCAGAG